GAAAGCGGCGCCGCCCGCCGGCCGCGGGCGCGGCUGAAGCCGGGCGCCCUCCACCUCCUGCCCUUAGGGUCCCCCAAAGAGCGCGGGCAAACACGGCGUGCAGCCGCGCUGCGCCGCUGGGCUCGUCGGUCCCCCAAUAGGGCGUCCCAUCCCCCUCCGCCGGCGCACCUGAGUGGGCUGGGCGCGUCGUCCCCACAGUCGGCCCUGCUGCGGCGCCCACGUUUGGUGUAGCAUCCCCGUGUCGGUCCCCGGCCCCUGCCCGGUCGUCCCGCCGCCGCAGCGGUGACCGCCUGGCCCGCCGUGCCUCCGCUGCCCGCGCUGCCGUCGCCAUGGGCAGUGAGCAGAGCUCCGAGGUCGAGAGCCGACCCAGCGAUCUGAACUCCUCAGUGACUCCUUCUCCAGCUAAGCACAGAGCCAAGAUGGACGAUAUCGUGGUUGUAGCUCCAGGCUCCCAGCCUUCCCGGAAUGUCAGCAACGAUCCCGAUGUCAUCAAAUUGCAAGAGAUUCCGACCUUCCAGCCGCUUUUAAAAGGGCUGUUGAGUGGCCAGACUUCCCCAACAAAUACCAAACUGGAGAAAUUGGAUUCUCAGCAGGUGUUACAGCUCUGCCUCCGAUAUCAGGACCACCUUCAUCAGUGUGCAGAGGCCGUUGCCUUUGACCAGAAUGCUUUGGUUAAACGAAUCAAAGAGAUGGAUCUGUCUGUGGAAACGCUCUUUAGCUUCAUGCAGGAGCGCCAGAAAAGAUACGCCAAAUAUGCGGAGCAGAUCCAGAAGGUCAAUGAGAUGUCCGCCAUCCUCCGCCGCAUCCAAAUGGGCAUCGACCAGACCGUGCCCCUGAUGGAGCGGCUCAACAGCAUGCUGCCCGAGAGCGAGAGGCUGGAGCCCUUCAGCAUGAAACCCGACCGAGAGCUCAAGCUGUAGAGCCGCCCGUGCCCUGCCGAACCCCGCUGCUGUGUGGGGACCCGGCCUAGCACCACCCCACCCGGGCCCCGGGGACGGCUGGAACCCCGGUCCCCUGAUGUGACUGGACCUCAAAGCCGGUCAGAGGGUUCAGUCCUCCCUGACGGGACAGGAGCCGUCCGGCUGGCUAAAGGCCUGAUGCCACCCCCCCGCCCACCCCCUUCCUUGAUGCAUUUUUCCGCUCUGCAAAAUGAACAAGACUCCGUCUCGGUGCUGACCGAGGUCGGAACAGUUGAAUUAUUAGGAACCCAUUACAGGACUCUGCAUCGGGAAUUAUUUUUAUUUCGUUUAGGUUUGGUUUUUGUUGUUUCUGUUUUUUUUAACUGAAAGCACGUACUGUCAGUCUAGCUUGCGGAGUGAAAACACGGAGAGGAGGAGAAUGAGGUUUUCCAAAGCUCUGUGUCCUCAGUGCCCUCACACGGGUCUCAGCGGCUUUCCGGGUUCUAAGCUGCACACAUAAAGAAGUCCUUUACUCCAGG